UUGCAUCUUUUCUCUUUACUUUGUGAAGUAUGAAACACAUUCACCAUGGUUUCAAGUUCCAAAAGUACAAAAGGAGAGAGUGUAGUCACUUUCAGUCUUGGGAGUUAGACAAUGUUGCCAGCUCUUCGCUCUCCUCCCAGUUCGCCCAGACACAGCCCACUGAUAAGUGCAGACGGGGCAGGCUAUGCUCCAUCUUCCAAAUUUUCCUCUGUUAUCACUUGGAACCUUUCCAUAUUUUUACACAGCGAACUUCUUUGUUCUUUCUUUUAUGAACACACAGCAUUCCGCUGGGUAGAUUUAUCACUCAAAUCCCCGACGGAUGGGCGGAUGCGCAUUUAGUUCACUUCCCCUGUUUUGAAGCAAGGCACAAUACUGCAACAAUUAACCUGAUACAGACACUUCUCCUGGCAUGUUUCUGCGUAGUGCUGGUAUAUUUCCUUCCUAUUUGCAUUUGCUCCCUCUUCCCAUUUCUAACUCUUGGCUUGCAUCCUGCAGGCUUCAGCAGAAACACUGUUGCCUCCAGGAAGCCCUCAGGGGUCACUCUCACUCAGAGGCGAGUCUGCUCCGGUAAUCGCAGGGCACCCUGCUUCCUGCCUCGGAGCAAACUCUCCGGGAGGGCAGGAGGGCCUGUGUCUGUCUCCUGCUCCGUCAGACCGCGAGCUCCCUGUGUACUGGGUCCAGUGGCCUCUGUCUCUGCUACUGAAGCUCCAGCACCAAGGACAGAGCUAGCUCGUAGUAGGUGCUCAGUAAACAGCGGUGGCUUCGGAUGGAGUGAAUCUACGUAGCACAGCAUGGAUCCGCAACCUCCUCCACCUGCCCAGGGAAGCCCACCUCACCGGGGCCGGGGCCGAGGCCGGGGCCGGGGCAGAGGCCGAGGCCGAGGCCGUGGCCGGGGGGGUGCCGGAGCCCCCCGGGCGCCCCUGCCCUGCCCCACGUGUGGCCGCCUCUUCCGCUUCCCCUACUACCUCUCCCGGCACCGGCUGAGCCACUCGGGCCUGCGGCCCCACGCCUGCCCCCUGUGCCCCAAGGCCUUCCGCCGGCCGGCCCACCUCUCGCGCCACCUGCGCGGCCACGGGCCGCAGCCCCCGCUGCGCUGCGCCGCCUGCCCGCGCACCUUCCCCGAGCCCGCGCAGCUCCGGCGCCACCUGGCCCAGGAGCACGCAGGAGGCGGCGUCGAGCUGGCCAUCGACAGGGCGGCCAAGGAGGCGGCCGAGUCCGGCUGGGGCCCGCAGGACAAGGCCGCCGAGCAGCCACCCGGCGCCGGAGCGGAGGAGGAAGACGCGGCGGCGGAGGAGGCAGCGGCUGCGCGGCCUGAGCCGUGGGCCACGGGGGAGCCGGCCACGCCGGCAGCUGCCACUAGCGCGGGGCCCCGCGAGCCGGAGGGGGCCGAGGCCGAGGCCGGGGCGGCGGAGCUCAGGGCCGAGCUGGCGCUGGCGGCCGGGCGGCAGGAGGAGAAGCAGGUCCUGCUGCAGGCCGACUGGACGCUGCUGUGUCUCCGCUGCCGGGAGGCCUUCGCCACCAAGGGCGAGCUCAAAGCGCACCCGUGCCUGCGCCCCGAGGGCGAUCAGGAGGGCGAGGGGGGGCCCCCGCCGCGCCCCAAGCGCCACCAGUGCUCCAUCUGCCUCAAGGCCUUCGCCAGGCCCUGGUCGCUGUCCCGCCACCGGCUGGUCCACUCCACCGAUCGCCCCUUCGUGUGCACAGACUGCGGCCUGGCCUUCCGCUUGGCUUCCUACCUCCGCCAGCACCGCCGCGUCCACGGCGCGCUCAGCCUGCUGGCCCCGCUGCCCGCGGCGGCCAAGAAGGACGACAAGGUGGCGGCGGCGGGCGGCCGGACCUCAGGGAGGGGGCCCGAGGGGGGCGAAGGGGCGGAGCGCGGGGCCGCCGCGGAGGGCGGGCCAGGCGGGCAGAACGGAGGCGAGGCGGCCCCUGCCCGGGCCCCGGCCGGCGAACCCCGAUUCUGGUGCCCCGAGUGCGGCAAAGGCUUCCGGCGCCGGGCGCACCUGCGGCAGCACGGGGUGACCCACUCGGGCGCGCGGCCCUUCCAGUGCGUGCGCUGCCAGCGGGAGUUCAAGAGGCUGGCCGACCUGGCGCGCCACGCGCAGGUGCACGCGGGGGGCCCGGCCCCGCACCCCUGCCCGCACUGCUCGCGCCGCUUCUCCCGCGCCUACAGCCUGCUGCGUCACCAGCGCUGCCACCGCGCCGAGCUGGAGCGGGCCGCCGCCGCGCAGCAGGCACUGCAGGCCCCGGCCUCGCCGCCGCGCGCCCCGCCGCCCCCCGCGGGCCAGGAGGCCGAGGGGCUCCCGUUGCCCCUCGCCCACAUCAAGGAAGAGCCGCCGUCCCCGGGGUCCCCGCCCCAGUCGCCGGCGGCAGCAGCACCCCCUGUCUUCCUCAGCGCCUCCUGCUUCGACAGCCAAGACCACUCGGCCUUCGAGAUGGAGGAAGAGGAGACUGAGAGCAAGGCUCACCUGCGCGGAAUGGGGGGCCUGGCCUCCUGACCGGCACCGCCCCCCUCAGCCCCUCCGUGGGAGACGCCCCCGCCCCGGCCUGCAGCACGGAGGAGGGAAGUGAAAAGAGAGGAGCCUCCUCUGUGAACCCACCCUCCCCUUCCAGCCCUCGACACUAGGGGCGGGGGCUGGACGCUCCUCGGUCCCCAUCGCCCACCCCCAGGCCCCUGAUGCUGGUUAGAAACUGCUCGCCCCACGUCUGAAGGCAGGACGCUGAGUCGGAGGCGGAGGACAUUGGCCAGAGGGAUGGAGACUGAAGGGGGACCCCCCCCCCAGCCUGGCUGCCUCCCCAUUUCACACACUGGACACCAUCACCUCUUUGGAACUGCCGGAUCCUGGGGUGGGGGGCAGUCCCCAGUGAGCAAAGGUCUGUCCCUGUCCCUUUGUCCGUCUGUGAAUAAAUGUGAGUUUGUGGAA